AUGGCCCUGUCAGUCAAUGAGCAAAAGCAGCUGCAGUUGGACUCGCAGUCCAAACUGGCACAUGCCAAGACGCCUUUGGAAAAGCUGCGAUAUACGUGUCUUUCUCGUGGCGCCAGUGGAAUAAAUGGACUAGGUCGACAAUUUCGUGUAGUGGAUGACGAUGGCAACAAGUCACUUUCUUUGCAAGAAUUCGAGAAAGGUUGUCAUGAUUUCAAAGUUGGCCUCACGAAGGAAGAAAUAGAUGAACUUUUUGCUGGAAUCGACCGAGAUGGAUCUGGAUCGAUCAACUUUGAUGAAUUCCUUGAAGCUUUGCGGCCGCCGAUGUCGGAAAACCGCAAAAAACUGGUGGAUCUGGUUUUCAAGAAGAUGGACAAGACCGGUGACGGUGUAAUUACGGUCGAUGACUUGAAAGGUGUAUACGACGUCCGUAGCCACCCAAAGUAUUUGAAUGGCGAACUGAGCGAAAGAGAUGUAUUAAACGAAUAUCUAAAGGCUUUCGAGUCCAGAGGUGAGGUCGAUGGGAAGACUUACUUUACCUGUUCAGAGUUUAAGGAUGUUUUGGUGUGCCUCUUCCUAUCUACUAAUAAUUCCUAUGGAUUUUGUUCAUCAAUUUGUUUUAAGGUGACAUGGCAGGAGUUCUUAAACUACUACAGUGGAGUGAGCUCAUCCAUUGACGACGACGUCUACUUUGAUCUGAUGCUGCGCAACGCCUACAAGUUAUAG